AUGUCUGAAGAGUUGAUCCUUCAUCAUUAUGACUCAUCUCCAUUCGGGGAGAAAAUUCGUUUAGCUUUAGGUUUGAAAAAUCUACGCUGGCGCUCAGUCAUCAAUAGUGUAGUUCCUCCACGGCCUUUUCUCACACCGUUAACGGGUGGUUACCGUCGUAUACCAGUACUUCAAAUUGGUGCUGAUAUCUAUUGUGAUACACAUCUUAUUUUACGAACAAUUGAUCGUCUACGACCUGAUGCACCAUCACUUUUUGCCAAUAAAACAACUGAACCAUUGUGUUGGUGGUGGGAUAAAGCAACAUUCGCGCCUGCAGUUGCAAUUUGGGCAAGUUUUGUAGGUGAUAAAUUGCCAAAAGAGUUCAUUGAUGAUCGGAAAACAUUUGCACCGGGCUUUGAAUUAAAUAAGGAAGCAAGCGGAGCAAAUCUAUCUCUACAUGUUCAACAUAUUAAUGCGCAUUUAGUUUGGUUAAUCGAUAUGUUAGCUGAUGGCCGUCCAUUCCUUCUAGGAGAACCAUCAGCACUUGAUGUUACAGCAUAUCAUACGCUUUGGCUUGUUAAACAAAAUUGUGGUGAAGGAGCCGCAACACUUCUUCCAGAUUUAUAUCAACCAGGAGUGUUACUUUCAUGGUUUGAACGCGUUGCUGCAUUUGGUCAUGGAACUAGAGAAGCUUUAACACAAGAGCAAGCAUUUGAGAUAGCUAAGCAAGCUACGCCUGUUGAACCGAAUUACAUUUCACAGAACAUUGAUAAUGAAUGGGAGAUUGGUGACAAGUUACGCAUUGUGCCUGAUGAUACAGGUCGUGUACCAGUUGAAGGAACGUUAGUAGCAGCCGAUCGUCAUGAAAUGGUUUUGAGGAUCUCAGAUGAGAAGACCGGCAAUAUUAAUGUUCAUUUUCCACGCGCUGGAUUCGAGGUUACACGAGCCUAA